AUGGGACCUUUACCUGCAGUGCGUUUGGAGCCAUAUGUGCGCCCUUUCACGUACGUGGGUGUAGACCUCUUUGGCCCAUAUUUGAUCAAAAUUGGACGUAGUGCGCCAAAGCGAUGGGUUUGCCUGUUCACAUGUCUCACGGUACGAGCCAUUCAUCUGGAGAUUGUGAACAGUCUGUCAACUGAUUCGUGCAAAAAGGCGAUUAGACGAUUCAUUGCGCGGCGUGGAUCUCCCUUAGAGAUCUAUUCCGACAACGGAAGUAACUUUGUUGGAGCGAGUCGAGAACUGAUGCACGAAAUCAAACAAAUCAGUAGAGAAUUGAGCAGUACAUUUACCAACGCAAAUACUCAGUGGCGAUUCAAUCCACCAUCUGCCCCACAUAUGGGCGGGUGCUGGGAAAGGAUGGUGCGGGCCGUAAAGUCCGCUUUAGGAUCAAUUCCAACUGUCCGCAAAUUAGACGAGGAAUCUUUGGCCACCGUAUUAGCUGAAGCGGAGAGUAUGGUUAACUCGCGACCUCUCAGCUUCAUUCCUUUGGAAUCGGCCGACAGUGAAGCAUUAACGCCAAACCACUUUUUGUUGAUGAGUUCCAAUGGAGUGCGUGAACCCGAGAGAAGACCGAUGGAUGACAGCAGGAUUUUACGAAACAGUUGGAAUACGGUGCAACAUACAUUGGAUAACUUCUGGCGGCGCUGGAUAGUAGAAUAUUUACCAACCAUAACACGGCGGACUAAGUGGUUUAGAGAUGUGAGGCCGAUCAAAGAGGGUGAACUAGUAUUCGUGGCGGAUGAAAAUGUAAGAAACCGUUGGGUGAGAGGACGAGUAAUUCGGGUGAUUCCAGGCAAGGAUGGAGUGGUACGCCGGGCUGAAGUUCUGACAUCGGGAGGAAUAUUAAGGAGACCUGCUACGAAACUGGCUGUAUUGGACGUGGAUAGUUCUGGUGACGCCAAUCCUAAAGAUCUAGCGACACGCGGGGGAGGAUGUUCGCCUAAACAGCCCUUUGUUCCGUUACCAUAA